CUUCUUUGAGGUUACAGACGACCAGGUUACACAUCACGCCGGUCCCAAAUCCCAGGCAGAUUCGAAGUGUGAAAUAGAAAGCCAACAUUUUCAACCAUGAAGUGCGUUAUUCCUGGACAAAACGUUAAAAUCCUUGCCCGUGCUUUCCACUCACUUUCAAAAAUAGGAGAUGAAAUGUUUAUCGAGCCGUCGGAAAAUGAAUUGGUCUUCAGGACCACCAACAUGGCUCAGUCGGCUUGUGCCGAGUUCAGGAUAUGGCGGAGCUUCUUCUCGUCUUACAUUUUCAACGAGAAUGACUUAGAGGCCAAAUGCAAAAUCACUAUGAAGUCAUGCCUUAGCGUUUUUAAACAUACACACAGUAUGGAGAAACAGGUUGAAAGCUGCGAAAUUAGAAUGAAGCCUGAUACGACGAUCGUCAUAUUCCAGAUAAAGUUUACAAACUCUCAUAUAAAAAAAUAUUAUCUUCCUAUUGUCGAAAGUGAAACAGAUCUGGCAAUCGUUCUGAAUGAAAUGUCCAAUUCCCUCACGACCUCGUCGAAAUUCCUUUCUUCCGUAGUUAAGAACUUCCGUUAUUCCGAAGACGAAAUAGCGAUAACAGUCGAAGAGGAAAAGACAGUGAUCAAGAACCAUCUGGAAAUGCAAAAAGAUCAACACCUGAUGAGGACGGAGCUGUCCUUUCAUCCGACUGAAUUCGAAUCGUACACGAUCGGAAAUCCGUCUUGUGUCACAUUCUGUUUCAAAGAAUUGAGGGCCGUUCUCGCAUUUGCAGAACCGUCUAAUCUCUCUGUCAAAAUUUCUUUUGACAUGCCUGGAAGCCCAAUUGUCUUUCGAGCGAUGAAUCAACCCGUUUAUGAGGCCAAUUAUAUUAUUUCAACACUGAACCCUUCCCAUAAUAGAACAAGAGUCGGCAGUCUGUCAAGAGUUCAGUGCGAAAACACACCAUCAGGACGAAAACGGAGCCUCGAAACGCCUGUACGCCAGCCGCUGAGCCCUUUCAGUUUCACCAAUGAAAUCGCGAACAACGAAGCCAGACAGGAGCUGAGGCCGAACGCCACGACUCCAUUGCAAAAUAAAACGCCAUUGAUCCCGUCUGAUGAAAGCCAACCGAUCAGCGAGAACGUCCACUCAGAGUACGACGCGCUCUCGAGUCAAGCUUUCCAGACAACACUGGGCAGUGACAAGUCAUACAACACAUCACCAAAUCAUUCGAAAGAACUCAUACAAACAGUUUUCGCAAGAUGUUUCAGAAGGAAAAAUCUACUUGACGAUUUAAUAGGUGCUAAUGAUAUAUUAGUGGAAGACUCAGAUAAUGAUCGACUGUGACAUUUACAACUUUUAUAACUUAUUAAAUAUAACAUUCUUAAAUUAUUUCCAAACUAAUUAAUCACCUAAUUAAUAAAAGUUCGAAA